AUGUACCGGAUGAAAGGAAUGCAAUUUUUGGUGCACAUCCUCAGUUUGAUAAUUAUCUGUGAUUUUGGUUCUGGGAGUGACCUCCGUUACCAAGACUACGCAAUCAAUCCAGUGGGAGCUAUUUACCAGAAAAUAGAGAGCCAAAAAGCUAUUGCACCAUUUCUAAGUUCCAAAGAGUUUCUAGAAUGGACAGAUCAAGUGAGUAGACACUCGCUACUAAACCGAGCGAAUCAAGUGAAGUUGGAUCCAAACGCCUUAAACAAUACUAAUCAGGGAAGCAACCAAACCGAUUUGAGCGGUCUCUUUCAGAAUCUUAUUUCAGAACUUUCAAACUUUACCGCUCCAGAGACAAACAACAGCUCCCGAAACAACACUUCAAAUGGUGGUCUAGGGAAUGUCUUUCAGAACAUCCUUAACAACAUCAACCCUCAGCUGUUCAACAAUAUUUUGGGUUCUUUAUUCUCUAACGGUAUUCCAUCCAGUCCAAGCAAUGGUUCCCAAAAUAACUCUCCAAAUGAUGACUCUGGAAACGUCCUUCAGAACAUUCUACAGAAUCCAGAUAUCGGUAAAACCAUUGCUUCAAUGCUUGGAGGUGGGAACGCCGGUGUCUUCUCCGGAUUAGACUUGGAAAACAUCGCACAACAGCUCAGUAGCGGUAACAUAGAUCCUAGUACUGCGGGAAGAAUGCUGAUACUGUACCUGAAUGGAAUUGUGCAAUACACGAAUGCUUCUGCAAAUUGUCGGAGUGACAUUAUUGGAGUCAUAUCUGGUCUGCAAUCGAUGCAACCAUGGGCACUGAAAAUGUUGGACGCAUCAGCUAAGAUACCCACAGGUGUUAUGAACAUGGAUUUGAACUGGUAUGGCUCUUAUGACGAGUGUUACAGUGACGUCACAACUUUAGAAGCGUUCGGGAUUCUACCAACAACUCUACCCCCUGUCAAGGGACAAUAUUGCACCGUGUCCCUGAAUCUUCCACUACCGCCUGAGGUCCAAGGGUUUCUUUUGGCGAUGCAAAGUUCCGGCGCCAUCAAAGCAGGAAUGUGCUUCCCUAAGUCCUGCAGCAGUGAUGACCUUGUCAAGGUUGUCAAUGCAUUUCUGUACAGCAUACCGCUUGGCAAUAACACAGUGACAGCCUAUCCAAUAAACUGCCCAACUCCAGUAGAGGAUGAUCAGCUGGAGACCAGUGACAAAAUAGUCGUUAUUAUCUUAAUCAUCUUUCUGAUUCUCAUCGUGGAGGGAACGUUGUAUGACGUCAUUAUCAUUGUCUGGCCCAAAAUAAAACAUUCUCGUAAGAAAGCGGACAGUGAGAAACAAAUCGACGACAGCAGUAACUCAUCUGACAGUAACUACAAGCUCAGGGCGGAAAAUGAAGACAUCCAACAACCCAAACAGAAGAAAAACAAUCCAAGUGUCUUCGGACGAAUUAUACUGUCCUUCAGCGCCUACACCAAUGGCAAGAAGAUUCUGGGCACAUCCCAACCCAAAGGAAGUCUAACGGCCGUCAACGGUAUCCGAUUUCUCAGUAUGAGUUGGGUCAUCCUGGGCCACACCAUUGCUUUCAUAAUGGGCAGUACAUCUAAUUUUCUGACGUAUUAUAGCGAUUUUCUCAGUCGUCUCUCCUCCCAGGCUGUCAUCAAUGCUUUGGUUUCUGUGGAUACAUUUUUCGUUCUCAGUGGUUUGUUGACUUCAUACUUGUUACUAAAACAAAUGAGCAAAACCAAGGGGCGGAUCAACUGGUUUCUCUUCUACUUCCAUCGAUUUUGGAGACUAACCCCAGUUUACAUGAUGGUGAUUGGUAUGUACGUUACAAUUUACCCCCAUCUUAUUUUUGGUCCCAAUAAACCCCAACCAGAUGAGAUAUGUAAAAGAGUAUGGUGGAAAAACCUUCUAUACAUCGACAACCUUUUUGGACUCAAAGACUUGUGUUUGGGUUGGUCCUGGUAUCUUAAUAAUGAUAUGCAGUUUUACAUCGUAAGUCCACUGCUGAUUGUGCCAUUCUACUUCAAUAAAAUAGUGGGAGCUAUUAUCAGUGCCAUAUUUCUGCUGGCUUUUACCAUCAUUCCGGGGGUGAUCAGUUAUAUGAAUAACCUCUCGCUUCAUUCGAUUGGUGGAGGACCAAAAGAUGCAGAUCGGGUUUCUUACUUUGAUGACUAUUACAUCGUUCCAUGGUGCCGUAUGGGUCCAUACAUUUGUGGUGUGAUCACAGGUUACCUACUCUACAUCACCAAAUGCAAAUGUCGAAUGAAUAUCUUUGUAAACCUGUUGGGGUGGGUAGUGGCGGCGGCCUCGGCCAGUGCUGUUCUGUAUGGUAUUUACGACACAGUGAAGCUUGAUAAUCCAGUUGAACUGUCUAAAGAGGUCACCGCCCUGUAUAACGCCGUCAACAGGACAGUGUGGGGUGCCGCCGUCUGCUGGGUCAUCUUCGCUUGUGCCACCGGCAAUGGCGGUUACAUUAACACCUUACUGUCUUGGAAAGCCUUUGUGCCUCUUUCUCGGUUGACCUACUGCGCCUAUUUGGUACAUCCCUUGGUGAUGUAUGUGUACUAUCUGAACAGGAACUUCCCAUUUUAUAUGACUGAUCUGGAUUUUGUGUACAUCUUCCUCGCCAAUCUGGUCGUUUCUUACGGUAUGGCCUUUAUUUUAUCCAUCGCAUUUGAGUCACCGUUCAUGGGACUCGAGAAAGUCAUGUUCCCAAGUCGUGGCAAAAAGGAGGCCAAGUAAAGAAUGAGAGAUUUCCUGAUAAUCCGAGAUCUGUGUUUAAAAUUGAAUAACUGGUUCAUAUCUAGUGAAUUUAACAAAAACAUUCUAAAUAGUAAGUCGUGCAUAUCUGCAAUGAAAUGGGCAAACCCAACAAGGACAGUUCUAUGUUUUUAAUGCUUGGUGUUUACUUAAAAGUGCAUGUGUAUGAGAAAACCAUGUUAGAUAUUAACAAAUGUAAUUGAAGAAAAUAAUAUGAAUUCUUUAUUAUCUUUAAUCUGCUUUUCUUCCAUUAAAUGUCGGACUCCACAUCUCAAUAAAGUCUCUGGUUUGUGCUUA